CUGGCACCGACCAUGUUCCCAAAACGACACCGCUUCUUGAUCAAUUAUGUAACCCAACCCAACUAACCUCUCUUCCUACCUGUCGGUCUUUUUCAUCUUCUCCCCCACAGAGAUUCAGAUUGUGAUGUAAGAGAUCUUCAAGCGAGCGCGUCUCUCAUUUCCCUCCUUUCUUCAGCGAUCGGAAACCUUAAAUUCUGAUUCAUCCAUUCAUUUGCAUCAAUCUCUUCUUUGGAUUCGGCCAUGGCGCGCCGUUUCUCGAUUCUCUUUUUCUUGUUUCUGAUCACGUUCUCAUUCGCUGCCGCCGAUGACGCCUCAAUGGACGACGAUUCGUCUCCUAAAACUCCUGGCUGUAGUAAUAAAUUUCAGUUGGUCAAGGUCAAGAACUGGGUCGAUAAUGUUGAAGGUGAAAGUUUUUCUGGGUUAACUGCAAGAUUUGGGUCGUUAUUGCCUUCUGAUGUUGAAAAGGGGCAUAAACUUACUGCUGUUUUUGCAAAUCCAGCAAACUGCUGUUCAAAUUCUUCUUCCAAGAUAUCUGGUUCAGUUGUCUUGUCUUCACGUGGUGAUUGCGCCUUUACUACUAAAGCAGAAGUGGCACAGUCAGGAGGUGCUGCUGCCUUGAUUGUGAUAAAUGACCAAGAAGAUCUUUACAAGAUGGUUUGUUCUGAAAACGAUACUUCUCUAAAUAUCUCUAUUCCUGUUUUGAUGAUUCCAAAGUCAAGAGGAGAUGCUCUCAACAAAUCCCUUGUAAACAAAAAAAGAGUUGAGCUGUUAUUAUAUGCACCAAAUCGUCCAGAUAUAGACUUCUCAGUAAUUUUAUUAUGGAUAAUGGCUGUGGGAACAAUUAUUGUUGCUUCACUUUGGUCUGAAAUUACAAAUGAGCAUACUGACGAACGCUAUAAUGAAAUAUCACCAAAGGAAUCUCUUAGCAUCCCAUCAGAUGGAGAUGAUUCUGAGAAGGAAGUCCUUGAUAUCAGUGCAAAGGGUGCUAUAGUUUUUGUUUUUACAGCGUCCACUUUUCUGGUUUUACUGUACUUUUUCAUGUCAUCUUGGUUUGUCUGGCUGCUAAUUGUUCUCUUCUGCAUUGGUGGUGUUGAGGGAAUGCAUAAUUGUAUUGUAACACUGGUGUUGGGGAAAUGUAGAAAUUGUGGUCAGAAGAAAGUGAAAUUCCCUCUGUUUGAUGAGGUUUCUAUUCUAUCACUUGUGGUCUUACUGUUCUGUGUGGCAUUUGCUGUUGUCUGGGCUGUAUAUAGGCAGGCCUCAUAUUCGUGGGUUGGCCAAGAUAUUCUUGGUAUCUGUUUGAUGAUAACAGUUUUGCAGAUUGCUCGAUUACCUAACAUCAAGGUUGCUUCUGUACUUCUUUGUUGUGCAUUUGUUUAUGACAUCUUUUGGGUCUUUCUAUCACCGUUAAUAUUUCACGAAAGUGUUAUGAUUGCGGUUGCUCGAGGUGACAACAGUGGUGGAGAAUCCAUUCCCAUGCUUUUGAGAGUACCCCGAUUAUUUGACCCUUGGGGUGGCUAUGAUAUGAUUGGAUUUGGGGACAUUCUGUUUCCUGGUUUGCUGAUUUCUUUUGCUCGCAGAUAUGACAAGGCAAACAAGAAAGGUUUAUUAAAAGGAUAUUUUCUUUGGUUAACGAUUGGCUAUGGAAUUGGUCUAUUCCUCACAUACCUAGCUUUAUAUCUAAUGAACGGGCAUGGGCAACCGGCACUCCUCUAUCUCGUUCCUUGUACACUAGGACUCAUUGUUGUCUUGGGUCAGAAUAGAGGGGACUUGAAGGAUCUAUGGAACUACGGCGGAGAAUCAUCCUCCCAUCAAACUUCUCUUCCAGAAGCUUGAAUGACCGCAAAAGAUCUAUAGAAGAAGCUUAAGAUGUGUUGCAGCUGUGUGGCUCGACCUUCUUCUUGCAAGGUAUUUUGGGUAAAAUUAGCACAAAAAAAUGGUGGUAAAAAGAGCCGCAGGGAUGUACAAUAAAACCCAAGUUAGCUUUAGAAUAUGAUUAAUUCGAUCAUGUAAAUGGCCUUUGUAUCUAUUGAAUGCAGGCCAUUUCCUCUAUGCAUUCUCGACACCCAUCUAUUUUGUAUUAUGCAUCAGAGUGAAAUGAAAUUCUCGGAGAAGUUUUACUUUUCUUCUA